AUGGCACAUGCGAGCCAAAAGAAUAUAUCACGUUUCGAAACGUUCAGGCUGCAAAUUGCAGAAACGAUUGAUCGUCGCGAAAACGAGACAUGCCGCAUGUUUGGCUUCCCCACGACUCCCAUCUCUCUACCGAAUAUCGACUCCGUCGAAGAGCUUGAGCUUGGAGUCGUUCGGUCUUCAUACGAAGAACUACUGCUAGAGUUGAAAGAAAUCCAAUGGUUCGACAAGGUCAAUCAUACCGCAUUUAGCAAGAUAUUCGGCAAGCUGGCAAACCAUAGUCACGACAAGAAAGCCCUUGACCACUCUCGCUCCCGAUGGAUCGCUUUGCAGCUCAGAUUAAGCAAUUCUUGGUCCGAAGUGUAUGGGAGAGUGGACAGACUUGUGUCCGACAUACGCGCAGAACUUGCUCGACCCCGGCUCGGAACCCAUUCAUGGUGCAUUGCCAGCCUGAUCAGCCAUAUGCUCCCUGCAACGGAGGAGCAUGACGUGCUAUGUAAAAGCCUCAAGAACGACGAGCACUCUCUGAUAGGAAAACACAUUCUUUCGGCACCGGCUCGAGAGGCUACGGCGAGGAAUGAUCCGUGUCUCUAUAUUGCCGACAUCAUCCUUAUUUCGAUACUAUUCUCAGCAAAGCAUACCACGGCGCUUGCCAUCGACGUCAUUCCUCGCAAACACGUUGGCGCCGAACACAUGUUUCUGAUUAGCCACCCAUCUUCUGCAAUCAUGGUAUCUCAUCUGGUCGAUACGGCUCCAACGGUUGCUGCCGAGACGCUCAUGUCAACCGACAACUGGGGGAGAACACCACUCCACUGCGCUGUUAAUGCCAGGAGUCCAUCAGUCCUUGCCGUCCUGCUUAAUGCGCUGUCUCAGAUUAGCCUCGAUGAACAACAAUCGUCGAACCUGAGAGCAACGCUUGGGAGCAUCCUUAUUUUGGCACUGAGAGCAGGGGCGGACGACAUGGCAAAGAUGGUGCUGGACCAUGGCCCUGAUCUCCUGCACCAGUCGUCACGUGGCGAAACGGCCCUGUACUGUGCUGCACAGCUGGGAAACCUGCCUCUAGCAAGCCUUGUCGCUGGCCGAUUAGCUUCAUAUGCACUCGGCAUCGAUGUUGUUGAGCACACCAAAGGUUGGACAGCUCUGAUGGCGGCCUGUGGGAAUGGGAAUGCAAACAUGGCCAAACUUCUUCUCCAGGCUGGCUCUAACCAAGGACUUUGCGAUGCUCGUGGAUGGACGGCGCUGGAACAUGCGGUGUUUCGAGGACACCACGUCGUUGCAGAAGUCCUUGAACCGCAUCAACCAAGCACUGGACUUGAGGGACCCGCCAAUGCUAUCAGAGCAGUCCAUAAGUCGCGUCCUCAUGCGGUCUGCGACGCGGGAGAGAAAAUUCUAGUCGUGUACCUCGGAAGUACACAAGGUGGUCACGAUCGAGCUGCAAUUCAGUUUGGGGAUUUUUGUUCGAAUAUCAGCGAUACGUUCCGUCACGGAUGUCCAUUAGAAAUGCAGAUUUUCCUUCUAGGGGCGCCUUCUGUUGCUAAAACCAUACCGCUACCACUGCUGGACGAUCAGUCGCACAAGCCCCUGAUUUUCAGAGUGAGGCAUGACAUGCCACUUCAAGUUGUGCUCAACGUGUACCGUUGCGACGUCGCCAACUCCAGGGUGCUGGUAAGCAGCGGUACCUCACUCCUAGACCAGGAGCAUGUGCUUGGAGACAAACAUGAGAGUUUGAUUCGAGAGCGCACUAUUUUCAUGAUGGAUAAAGAGAAGCCGGGUCCUUCCGGCACAGCGUUACUGAGUUACGUCGUUGCGGAACCAUAUCCGGGGCUCAAAGACCCUGAUGCGUCUAGUUGUGUCAGACUUGGGCAAGGGCUGGGUCAGAAUGUCCUCAGCCGUUCGUUCCUCCAGCUUGGGGAAAAUACUGUCAUGUCAUUUCUGUCUGCUGCGAAAUUCGGCGCAUCAUUUGUCGAGGUCACCAGAGACUUGGAGGCCGUGGUAUAUCACGAUUUCUCUCUCAGCGAGUCUGGCACAGACAUACCUAUCCAUGACACUACCUUGGCGCAGUAUAAGCACGUAGGCGACAUGCACGAACCAAAAACGCAAAUCUCAUGCAGUUUCGACAGCGGUGUCAAGCUAUGUAAUCCCAGAAGACCGCGUGCUUGGUCCUCUGGGGAAGAAUCUGCCUCUAAAGCGGCGCAGCUACGUCAAAGACUGCAGUUUGCAGUGGCUUUUCAAACCAGAGGGUUCAAACCGAACAGCCGUGGAGACGUCAUCCAAGAUGCCCUGACCACGUUGGAGGAGUUGCUUGUCAAACUUCCUCUGGAGAUUGGCUUCAACAUAGAGAUAAAAUAUCCUCGGCUGCAUGAAGCGGCCGAGGCGGGAGUCGCUCCUGUCGCACUCAAAAUCAACACAUUCAUAGACGUUGCCCUCGAGAAACUUGAGAAACACGCUGGCAAAAGGUCAAUUAUCCUUUCAUCAUUCACCCCCGAAGUCUGUAUUCUUUUGUCUAUGAAGCAAACGGCGUAUCCAGUCAUGCUCAUCACCAACGCUGGCAAAACUCCCGCGCAAGACAAAGAGCUGAGAGGCUCGAGCCUGCAGGCAGCUGUCCAUUUCGCCCGCAUGUGGAAGCUUGAUGGCGUUGUGCUGGCGUGCGAGACCUUCCUGUACUGCCCCAGGCUUGUUCAAUUUGUGAAGAAUAUGGGCUUGACAUGUGCUUCGUAUGGCGUGUUGAAUAACGAGCCUGUAAACGCAAAAGCGCAGGCAGCUGCGGGUGUUGACGUCUUACUGGUGGACAGGGUCAAAGUCAUCGCAGAUAACCUCAGAGACCAUGGGGCCUGCAAAGCGUCUCCCACGACCCAAGACGAAAGUACGCAGACUAGACACUAA